AUGGCGGUCUUUUCUCUGUAUCUUAGUUCAUGUCAUCAGAGUCUUGGGUUUAGAGCAAAAAAAUACAGUAAGACUAGGAUCAUCAGAGGCAACAGUGUAAUAAGAUGUAAAAGUAGUAGAUUAGAUCAAACUUCGGACGAAGAGAAGGGUGGCAAAAGGAAGCUUAAAAUUCUGAUCGCCGGUGGGGGCAUUGGGGGGCUAGUUUUGGCAUUGGCAGCGAAACACCGAGGAUUCCAAGUGCAGGUGUUUGAGAAAGACUCGAGUUCAGUGAGAGGGGAGGGGAAAGGACGUGGACCAAUUCAACUUGUGAGUAGUGCAUUGGCAGUGCUGGAAGCCAUUGACGAGGACGUUGUGAAACAAAUCAUGGAAGCAGGUUGUGAUACUGGCAACAGAAUCAAUGGCUAUGCUGACGGAGUCUCAGGUGAAUGGUUUACCAAGUUUGAUCUGUCAUCGCCGGCUGUAAGUAGGGGGCUUCCUAUCACUCAAGUAAUAUGCAGGAUGGAGCUUCUGGAUAUCUUAGUCAAUGCAGUUGGAUCUGACAUUCUGAGAAACAAAUCAAAAGUGGUUGACUUCAUUCAAGACCCUAACAAGGUUACAGUGAUCCUUGAAGAUGGACAACGAUAUGAUGGUGAUGUUUUAGUAGGAGCCGAUGGAAUCUGGUCAAAGGUGCGCUCGAAAUUGUUUGGCAUACGGGAAGCGAGAUACUCAAAUUACACCUGCUACAGUGGACUCACUAAAGUUGUCCCAUCAUAUGUUAAUAGUGUUGGGUAUCGGAUCUUCUUGGGAGCGAACCAGUACUUUGGUGCAGUAGAAGUUGGGCAUGGGAAUAUGCAAUGGUUGGCCUUCCAUAAGCAGCCGCCAAUGAGCACUGAUCCUCCUGAAGGUAAAAAGAAGAGGCUCCUGGAGGUAUUUGGAAAAUGGUGUCAGGAAGUGGUUGCUCUAAUUCAAGAAACACCUGAGUCCAUGAUUUUACAAAGAGAUAUCUUCGAUAGAGACAUGAUAUAUUCCUGGGGAACCGGGCGUGUUGCUCUGCUAGGUGAUGCUGCUCAUCCAUUGCAGCCAAAUCUUGGAAUAGGGGGAUGCAUGGCAGUUGAGGACAGUUACCAGCUUGUAGAUGAGCUUGAUCAAGUUUCCAGUACUGGCUCCGAUGCUCAAAGGACAGAUGCAAUUGUCUUGGCCCUGAGAAGAUAUGCAACAAAAAGAAUGAGGCGUGUUGGUAUAGUGCAUGCAGCCACUCGAAUGGCACCGGAAAUGCUUGCUAUGUACCGACCUUGCAUAGAGUUCAAAAUUGGUCCCCUGGCUCAUCUAUCAACUCUGAAGAUAAUGCACCCUGCAUUUCCGAUGGCUCGCGCAUUUCUGCAAUUUUGUAUGCCAGAAUUUAUGACUUGGAUAAUAACAGGGCACGGGUAAGGGAACAUAAACACAAUAGAAACCUGUUUCGAUUCCUUUUCGCAUUUCAAUUCUAUGAGCAUUCCUCAUUCAGUCAUCCUCAUUUUGAUCUAUGCGCACUUCUUCUCAUAGGUUAUCUCAAAGGGAGAGAAAAGGAUCCAUCAUACAAACAGCAGAAUGAAUCACAAAUUCAAUGACUUUGUGAGAAAGACGUCAUCAACAAUAUGUUAAAUUCUCUAAC